UUCCGUUACCUCUUGUUACCUUUGAUACCUUUAGGACGAACGCACCUCAUUCUCCGAGCGGUGGAGCUACUCACGCCCGUCGCUCUCCACAACAGAGAAAUACCAAGGAGCUUUGCCUUCAAGUACAAAUCUGCCGAGCUCUUGGUGGUGCUAGAGACCUCGGGUGUCUAAUCGCCCUCUCCUUGCGGCCGCCUAGUCUUCUAUCCUCAAAUGAGACCGUCUCUUGGACACCUGUUGUCGUACAAUGCAGUUGUGCUGGGCAGCGUAGCGUUGCUGUUCUCGGGGCUCAUACAGCUCGCCGUAUCGUGGAUGCAGAUGCAGCACCGAGCUUCACAACAGUCCUCAUGCGCUCGUUCAGUUCCUGUGUCAAACGAUUUUGAGAAAGAUUACAGCUGGGAAGGAGACGACUAUCCCCCGUACCUCCCUCUAGAUCUCGGCGAGCCCGUUGCGAUGGUGCUCGAAGACUCGCGGCACUAUUCGCUCAACUCCAGCGAAGCUGACGCAGAGUGGCUCUCGAUCUAUCCUGGUGGCCAGCUCGGCUUCGUGCAUCUAGGUCCGCAGAAGCGCUUCUUCAGCCUGUCGCUUUACCACCAAAUUCACUGUCUGGACUCGCUACGCCACGCUAUUCUCAAUGGGAAGAGUCAUGAUGGGGAGCAAGGGCACGGACAUGGGCACACGAGGAAGCGUGAUGUCGAGCAUUCGGCGCACUGCUUGAACUACCUGAGGCAGACGAUCAUGUGUGCCGCAGACUUGACACUAGAGCCUGAAAUUGUCUUGGGAUCAAGUGAUGUGGGAGAGGGCCUGGGAGCUGUACAUGUGUGUCGGGACUGGAGCAGAGUCCACGAGUAUACGCGGCAGAACUGGCAAGGGUGGAUGGAAUGGCAGGUUCAAAGCUUGAUAGGGGAAUCAUAACUGCAGGAGAUUGUCUAUACUCAUUGUACUCGAAUUCCUGCCAGUUCUUGUUUUUCACCGACAUCUC